AUUUCAACUUCGCUAAGGAGUGAUUUCAACAAGUGGCGGAGAAAGUUUCACCGGCUCCCUACUUUCUUCAUCUCUGUAACUUUUGAGCUAUCUUUCCCUGAGGAUGGGUGACUGGAGCGCUCUGGGUCGUCUACUGGACAAGGUCCAGGCCUACUCUACCGCUGGUGGGAAGGUUUGGCUGUCUGUCCUCUUCAUCUUCAGGAUCCUGGUUCUGGGUACUGCAGUGGAAUCCGCCUGGGGAGACGAGCAGUCUGCCUUUAAAUGUAACACGCAGCAGCCCGGUUGUGAGAAUGUCUGCUACGACAAAUCCUUCCCCAUUUCUCACGUUCGCUUCUGGGUCCUUCAGAUCAUUUUUGUGUCGACACCAACCCUCCUUUAUUUGGCUCAUGUCUUCUAUCUGAACAGGAAGGAACAGAAAUUCAAAAGGAAGGAAGACGAGCUUAAAGCCGUGCAAAAUGACGGAGGAGAUGUUGACAUUCCGCUGAAGAAAAUUGAGAUGAAAAAGCUUAAGUAUGGCAUUGAGGAGCACGGCAAAGUGAAGAUGAAAGGUGCUCUGCUCAGAACCUAUAUAUUCAGCAUUUUCUUCAAGUCUAUAUUUGAGGUGGGCUUUCUGGUUAUCCAGUGGUACAUUUACGGUUUCAGCCUGGCUGCAGUUUACACCUGCGAGAGGGAUCCAUGCCCACACAGGGUGGACUGUUUCCUGUCCCGUCCCACAGAGAAGACCGUCUUCAUCAUCUUCAUGCUGGUGGUUUCACUUGUGUCCCUACUGCUCAACGUCAUUGAGCUUUUCUAUGUGUUCUUUAAGAGGAUCAAAGAUCGUGUGAAGGGCAAACAGCCUCCCACACUCUACCCCAGUGGAGGCACUUUGAGCCACACCGCUAAAGAACUGUCCACUGCCAAGUAUGCCUACUAUAAUGGCUGUUCAUCUCCAACUGCUCCACUCUCACCCAUGUCUCCUCCAGGCUAUAAACUGGCCACCGGGGAGCGGGGAACUGGCUCAUGCCGUAAUUAUAAUAAGCAGGCAAACGAGCAGAACUGGGCCAACUACUCCACAGAGCAGAACCGUCUCGGCCAGAAUGGAGGAGGAAGCACUAUUUCAAACUCCCACGCACAAGCCUUUGACUUCCCCGAUGAUACCCAUGAGCAUAAGAAACUGUCCUCAACAGCAGGACACGAGCUGCAGCCGCUGGCUCUGAUGGACGCCAGGCCUUGUAGCCGGGCCAGCAGCAGGAUGAGCAGUAGAGCCAGGCCAGACGACCUGGACGUGUAAACCCCGGUUCCACCUCCUCCCUCCUCCCUGCCUGGCUGAUGACAUGUGGCUGCAGCCAGAGAACCAGGAAACACUCAAUCACAUAGGUUCAAGCAGGAGGUGGGGCUAUCCUCAGUCACUGUCUUCAACAUAGAGACUCUUAGUUAAUCAGAGAGACAUUAAAACUUGUUAUAUAACACUGUCAAAGGUACAAGUUGCAAAUAAUUUUGAUGACUUUUACCAUAACUUUUUUUUUUAGUGGAGCUAACCCAGCUUUAAGAGAACAGAGCAGGAACGGCGUCUAACAGAGGUGUUCCUUUAGAAGCAGUCACUCUUCAGUACAAGAACAGAGGAGCACACUGGUCAAAGUGACUCGUUUGCUUUUUUAACUUGCCAAGCUUUUGUUGAAGGAAAAUAUGUUUUCAUAGUUUCUGCUAUGCUUCCUAUUGGUUACAGAAUUUUCCGUUACAAUGAAGGUGACAGCUUUACAACAGGAUGACUUGAAAGCUGUGUCUUUUUAACAUCUGGCCAGGAACAACAGGUACAAAUUUGCCUUCUAGGCUGAACUGUGGUUCAUUUUUGUUGUUCUUUUUUUAAUGCACGCACAGCGCAGCACAGCCCAGCAGCAAUAAGAAACAAAUCCCCCAUCACCACAUGUCUCACACCCCCAUAUGUUGGCAAAAUGAUCGAAACCACAUUGACAUGAGCACAUUGUGACUGUCCAUUCUGAUUGUGGGCAGUAAUAUAAUGGGCAGUUUGGUAUACACAAAACAAAACUCCCCAUGCUUUCAAUGUUUUACCUUUUCCACUUUGUUAUGGUUAAUUAAAGAAGUGAGUUUGUGGGAGAUACGAUAUAAACUCCCCUGUGCCAAAGCCAUUUGCUUUGUCCACCAAGCUAUUAACCCUCACCUCCUUCCUUAGAACUAUUACUGAAGAAUGAUGUCACAUUACUUCAAUUUUUGCUCCUAACAGUCAUGUCAAGUACGACUGCAACAUAUAUCUUGUCUAAAACACAUGAACAUAAAUGUGUUACAUAUUUGUACAAAUGACUAGUGCUGUUGUUUUUCAGGUAAGGACAGUUCCUUGCAUUAAUAUUCACUUUUAUCUUCACAUUUAAAUAAGUGGUUUUAGAUUUUUUUUUUUUACUUGUGUGAUCACUUGUAUGGUCACCCUAUGCACUCUAUUAUAAAGCUGUGUAGCUCAGCAUGAGACAUAAUAACCAACAGGAAGGAUGGUCAAAAGUAUGAAAUAGCAAAGUAAAAGACAGUUUUUUACACACACACAUACACACACAUGCACACACACAUACGCACACACAGUGUCUCCAAAUUCCUUAUCUACCACUGCACUUAAGUGCUUUUCAUGUCUGAAUUGACGACAGUUUGAUGGACUCGGCCACACAUUGCUUGUGUAAUGAAGCUGGAUUUAUGUGUGAAUCAACACGAUUUCUAAUUUUCCACUUUUCUUCUGCUUUCAGUCAUAUCAUAAAUAUCCCAGUUUUGAAAUACAAUCACAUUAUAGUCACUCAGAGAAAGAGAGGCUAAAAUGUCCAAUGCCAUUGCAUAGACAAAGAGCAACUGUAUGUAAAGCGUUAACCACCUGGCUCAUCCUCUGCAUGUGAGUACAUGUACAGUACAACAUGGUGUCGGGGAGAAUGCUUAAUAACAGUUGUAGUGAAUAUUUAUUGCUUGGCAUCUAUAGGACACCUACCUAAGAGGAAAAAUUGACUACUAUCCAGUGUCUCUAAAUCACAGAAAACAUCUUGUAUCAACUCCCCACAAACUGUAUAUUUAUUGACAGUUUCAAUAAUUCGCUUUUUUUUUCUUUAGUAACUAUGUCAGUCAGUCUGAACUGUUGUUUCCUGAUAAACUUUGAAUUUAUGUGUUGUCAAUCUAUGUUUUCAUUUUGUGGUUUUAUUUGUCUUUUUUUUCAGGUGUGUUUGAGAGUAGCAGGGCAGAGGGUUCAGGCUGUUAUAAUGCAGCAAACAUAAAGAAAGGCUUUAUUACUGUCAUUCAUUUAACAAGUGUGUUCCUUUUUUUCAUCUUUUGUGGGAGGUAGAGAAAAGACAGUAGAAUGAUUAUCUGUGUUUUACAUAUUUGAAUGAAUGAUUCUUUUGUUAUGUAGGUAAUGUUUUGUCUUUCAGACUCGAUGUACCCAUUGCUGCUUGAGAAAUAGAUAUUUAGUACUGUAAAUCAAGCUAACUGUGUCACAAUAAAAAAAAUGUGAGUUUUUAGAAGACUUCUUAUAGAUCUGGACUAAUAUUUAGUCAAUUAUAUUAAAAUGUAUGCCAAUGUAGCUCCACAACUACCAAACACUAGGAUAAAUCUCAAUUUGGGCUUUUUAUUUGUCUUUUUAUCUGAAUUUUUAAGUGUGCAUCAUUCUGUCGGUACUUACAUGUGUCAUAGAUCUUACGGCUACAAUGGUGUUUGCACUGAAAUCUCGGUGAUAGAGGUGUAAUAUGAUGCACACAGUAAGUGGUAAGAGUUUUCUGAUAUACAUUUUACUAAUUUAUUUUAUAACAGAAAUCACUACAGUGCAUAAUAUCAGACAUCUGAACGCUGGUUUCAUUGACAGUUUCUGUGAGAGAUGUCUUCUUCCAUUGACAAAACAAGAGCAAUGGUCAUUUGUUACAGUUCUUCAGACAAUGCUAAUCCAUGGGGAUCCACUGUUGUACAGUGUAUAAGUGCAUGAUAGCGAAACAACAACUCAUUCAUUGUAUCUGUGAAAAACUAU